CUCGGAAUACGUCAGUUGAAUACAACAAUUUAAAUAAGCAUCUACUAACAGAGCAAAAGAAAAGAAAAAAAAACACUUUUUUAACUAAAGAAAAAACAAGACAAUCUCACAGGAAGAAUGGCAAAUCUACCACUCCUUUUCAGCUUGGCAGAUGAUCUUAAACGCCUCUCCUUCUAUGAAACACCAUUUUCACGUCUCAGGCAUGCCUAUACUCCUAGUCUGGUUGGUGGUGAUCCACCACGAGUGGGCAACGAGCUAGCCGCUCCCGUUUCAGCAAUUGGCAAGGAUGGUUUCCAGGUUUGCAUGGAUGUGCAACAAUUCAAACCAAACGAACUUAACGUAAAGGUCUCGGACAAUUGUGUCAUUAUCGAGGGUAAGCACGAGGAGCGUGAAGACGAUCGCGGCUUUAUAUCUCGGAGUUUUAUUCGCCGUUACGCCCUGCCCAACGGAUACGAUCCCAAUCAAGUUGUCUCCACUUUGUCAUCGGAUGGCGUUCUUACGAUCAGUGUUCCUAAGCCACAAAUUGAAAAUAAGUCAGAUGAACGAAUUGUACAGAUUCAACAAGUCGGUCCAGCUCAUUUGAAUAUAAAAUUGAAUCCCAAAGAAACGGAGUGUGAAAAGAAACCCGAAACUCAAUCAAAGUUGUAGGCACUCAAGACAGAAUUUAGGGGCAUUUUACGAAUUGAACUUUGGCAUUUGUAUUUUUUUGCUCAUUCAUGGAGAACAUUAGUCUGAUUAGAAUAUAGUUUGAAUAGUAUCAUCAAUAAAAAAUAAGAGAAAAUAAC